AUGGCACCUGGUGUCGACGCUGUGAAUAGCCCGGCGAAAGCGUCUGGCAAGAAAGUGAAGAAGAAGAAACAGCAUCGCAGCCAGAGCUUUCACCAGCGUCCUCAACCUGAUAACGCCCAGUCACCUUCCGUGACAGCAGCUGAUCCUUGCAAUGGCAACUCGCCUCCAGCACUGUCAGAGACAGUUGCUGCAUCACAGGAAAAGCCAAAAUCAAAAGAAACCAGUUUCUUUGAGCAAGCAUUUUUCCCAGAGGAAUUGGACCGUGAAAGGUCCUACGAUGACAAUGGGGAAAUCAUAGAAAGAGAUACACUUGCAGCAUAUGGAUUUUGUGACUGGCACGCAAUCAACGUGGCUGACCCGGGCCCUUAUUAUAUAGUGAUUGAUAAGCCUGUUAACAACCAUGAUGUCCAUGAUGACGACAUCAUGUUUGACAUAACUCAGUACCUGGACAUGGACAAGCCUGACACCACGCUUACUCUGGAACCUCCCAAAGAAGACGUUACCAUGGCUGACGAACCGCAGGCUGAAAUGUCCAACCUCAACGCUGACAACGUCAAUAACGCCAACAAAGUCAAUAACGAUAACAACGCCAAGUCGCCUAGCCCGAGCAAGGCCAAGAAGAACAAGAACUGGAAGCGCAAGGCAGCAAAGGAGAAGGAGAAGGAGAAGGAGACCGGAGGAGGCUAUUUAGCUCCCAACGGAACCUACAUGUCUCCCGAAGAACUCAAGGCCUAUGCGAAAGGCGUCAAGAAUGAGAACGGUGACACUGUCGUGUUCUUCCCCGAGUUUAUCGAGGAUCCCUGGAAAGGGCUAAAACCUGUGCCGACUGAGUGCGAACGUCGCUACAAGACGGACCGUCGUGGCUCCUCCUUCACAGCAUCUGCGAAAGUAAAUAAGGAAAUAUGUAAAUAA